GUUCGUCCCUCUCUUCCAGCACGCAAGCUUCUCCUCUACUUCUUCUGUUUUUCUUCUCACAGGCACCGUGCGCGAUCUCGCAUUCGUACGCAACGCGUUAUUUUGUUUGUGCGUAUUUAACUUACUAUUAUUUAACAUCCUCGCCUUUUUCGUCGUCGUCAUGUCCAGCCUCAUCGACUACAUUGUCCACUUCGACGGCUAUCCGCUGCAGGCCUACCUGCUGGACAACAUCGACUUCAUCGGCUACAUCGCCUCCUGCUACCUCGUCAUGGUCGGCAAGGGCGAUCGCAUUCUGCGCUGGUGGAACAAGAACAAAAACAGCAGCAAGGCGCCGCAGGCGGAUGGUGGGGCGUCGGCGCCGCUGCAGAACGGACAGGCGAAGGCGGCGGCGGCCGCGCUGAAGUCGUGCCACACCGCCGCCUUCUUCUACCACGCCGUGAUGUGCUUCGUGUGCGCUGCCCUCUCCUGCCUGCUCGUGCCCGCCAUGGCGCAGUCCAUCCUGCGGAACUCCUUCUUCGACACCAUGUGCAUCUGGGAUGACUACCGCACCCUGAAGGGCUACGUCGGCUUUGCCCUCGGCGGCGCGGUGAUGGUGAAAGUGGCGGAGCAGCUCGACACCUUCUUCCUGGUGCUGCGGGACUACAUCACAUCGUCGCCCGAGCAGGAGAAGCGGCAGCCGCGCCGCGUGACGCCGUCCCACUGGUGGUUCCAGGUGCUCGUCGCGCUCUACUUCUGGCACACCUACAGCAUCGGCACGAGCUGCUUCGCGAUGCUGGCGACGUGGUCGCUGAUCAUCUCUGCCGUGCGCAACUUGUUGUACAUGCAGCAGGACAGCGCGCAGGCGCGUUUGCAGACGGCGGCCGCGGCAAAGCUGGCUGGCACGGUGGCGGCGCUGGAUAUCGCGGAGUGCGUCGGCUGCAGUUUGCUCUCCCUCUAUGCGAGCUAUAUGAACUACACGAACGAGCGUGGCUGCAUGACGGUGCAGGCGAACGUACGCAUGGCGUUGGUGCUGUACGUGACGGAGGUGGUGCUGCGUGUGCGGGAGAUGCUCGCGGCAGUUGCGGAGCGUGACACGGGCAAGAAGAAGCAGUAA